UUUCAAUCGCUUUGGUGAUUAGAAAUCAUACUAUUUCGAUCGGUUAACUUAUACAGCUAAUUUUGAAAACGCUGCAUGGUGUGGAUUGAAAAUACACUUUCUUUAACUACUGUUUCAAUCCAAUGUUUUCUCAGACGUCCGCGACAAUUCCCGCCAAAAGAACAGAAGUAUAUAUAUAGUCAGUGUCGAGCAAACUCCUGCAAAAGCGAGAUGGCGACAAGAGGAGUUGACGCGAAAGUGUAUAUUGUAUCGAACUCUCAGGAAAGGAAAACGGACAAAGGAGAGUAUGGGCAAACCGUAGUAUACGACAACACAAGUAAAGGGAUAAAACAAAUGACAUUCCCUCUGAAGUUUACAGACAAUCUCCUUACAGGGAAAUUUUAUUUGAUCAAAGCUGUGAGCAUAGGCGACACCAUUCGCCUGUACGAGACAUCCAGGGUUUUUGAGUGUGGAAAAUUUCCCAUUGAAAUGGACAAAAUUAACAAGUACCUCAACCCUCCAGAACUUUCUGUUGAACAAGUGAUGGAAACGCCCCAAAAAGCAACAGUCACAGUGAAAGGAAUUCUGCGUAAUUACACAGAGAUACUUACAUCACCUAAUAGCCAGAGGAGAGAAAUCACAUUAGAGUCCUUGCAGGGUUCAAGAAAGGUUGUUUGUAAGCUCUGGGGGAAAUGCGCAACUUUUGACAUGCCGCCUGUGGACAGUAUUAUUUCUGCAACAAAUAUGCAAAUUGACCAGUGGCGAGGAGACAUUUGUCUUAAUUCCAGCGUGCUGACACGUUUGAAGGAAACUGAAGAAGAAGGCAAGUUUCAUGGAGAAGUUGAAGCAUUGGAGGUGUCUGAAAACUACAGUUACAUCAUUGUCAACGGGAUGACUUUAAAGAUACGAACUGAAAUGGUAGAGGCGAUCUUUGGAGGUCAAACCUUCAAAGAGAACAUUCAUGUAAAAGGUUCAGUGAAAGGCACCACAGUCGUCAACAUAAACAAGAUCAACCCUGCUAAAAAAUCAAAGUUGGAAUAGUGUAGAAUCAAGCCAUGCAACUGCCUUCCACUAGUUUUGACACGGGUUAAGAUUAAGCUGCAUUAUGACUCUAUUUAGCUUAUACAUUUUAGCAUAGUAAAAAUAGUACAUGCUCUUUAGCACACAAUGUGUAAAUGUACAUGUACAAAUUACCAAGAAUUUCUCAUUCCAUUGUUGUUCUAAGAUUUCGGCCCUUUUGAACGUACAAUUUUUGCCAUAUAUUAACAAUAUGCAAGCACAACUUCUCUUAAACCACUGCACAGAAUUUAAUUUUACUAGAAAUUAUUUAAUAAAGCACGCAAUGUAUGCUAAUUGCAAGGAAUUUUCAUUUUUAUAUUAUUUAUGCGAAUUUUAACCUAGCUUUUUUAAUUUUAAAUUUAAACUGCAUGAAAUUCAAUUGAUGCUAUUUAGAUCGCAUAUUACCAGUCAGCUCUGAUAAUUUCAUUAUUAUAGGGGGAGGGGGGGGGGAUUACAGCACUUUUUAAAUUUAGAAUUCUGCCCAUAUAUUUAAUUUUGUAAUGAGCAGCCUGAUCGAAAGCACCAUUCCUCUUAAACUGCUGCAUUCAAUUGUUGUUAUUUAGAACACAUUGUGUAGAUCCACAUAUUACCAACAAAUUCUGAUUCCAUAAAUAUUUGGCAAAAUUUGAUGCUUUUGAAUAUAUAGUUUUCUUGUUCUUGAAAUACAUGUGCAUAUUUGCGGAAAGUUUUGAUCUGAUAAAUUUGUUUAGUAAUUCUUUGAAUUGAGUAUUUAAUUGAUAAAUACGUACCCUACUAUUAAUGAUGUAAGCAUUGUCAAGUAACGGGGAAGAGUGCUGUAUGUAAACUUGCUCACUUUUUCCUCCAUAAUACAUUUAUUACAGUCAUUACUCAUAUAGUAUAAAUGCAUCAAUCUCACCCUUGCUAUUAACAAAAGAGAGUUAAUAUUCUCUGAUUAUCAACAGUCAUUGUUUUCAUCAAUAUCAGAAAGAUAUUUCUAUGUGUUGCAUAUAUUUAAGAUUAGGAUCACAUGAACAUGUUCAGCUGACCUCUUCUGAUCACUUGUUGUCCAUCGUCUGUCUGCCACAAGAGGAUUAUUACCCCAAGGCCAAUGCUACAUCCUUGGAAAAAUUUUUUAAUUUCAACAGAAAAAUAUGUAUUUUAAGUCUUGGAAUAUAAAUUAAGCAAUUUUUGUCAGUUUUACAAUAUUUCGGAUUUUAUUAAUACAUUUCAAGAGAUGCACGAACUGCUCUUCAGGUGGGCGAUGUUGCCUUAUUAUUUUUUUAGUUCUAAUGAACUAUGUCCCAGGUUAAAGAAAACCCUUGACACUGGUAAUUGUGUAUGUCUGUUCUUAACAACCUUUGUCACUGAUUAAAGGGACCUGCACACAUUUUGAGCACAUUUUUUUUUAAAUUUUAAUUUCAUUCUUAGCUUGUUAUUUACAUGUGUGUUGAAUUUGUAAACAUUUCAAAUCUUCCAUGACCCUGUUUAAAAUAUAUCUAUGAAUACAAUUUGAAUCAGUUUUUCUUGUACUAUGCCAAGUCAUUUUUCAAAAAUAUCUUAGUUUUUGUAUAUCAUUAAUUUUGUAAACCAAUAUAAAUGACCCCGGCAUUGUUUACAAAACAAUGGAUUCUCACUUGUGUAUAUUAUAUUGCAUGUAACUGCAUGACUUAUCACUCAAAUUUUGUCAACCAGUAUGCACAAGUAAACAAGUUUAUACUUAAAAAUUAAAAUUUUAUCUCAAAUUUUAUCUAGGUCCCUACAUGCAUACUCAUUAGACUUGCUUUAAAUUUUGUCAGAUUCUCUAUAAGCAUGCCACAUUUAUAUUGUUAACCCAAUGGUAACUACCCUUUCAAUGGCCUGUCUUAAUAUUUACAUUUAACGUUCAAAACUUUAUAUUCACUGAACAGAUUACCUAUUAAUUCACAUACAUUGAGCAUUGGCUCACAUAUAUCAUUUUUUUUUGUAAUACCCCAUCACGGAUUUUAUUU